GGGAAAAUCAGUAAAAAUAAAAUAAUACCAAAAACAAUGGCGGUAAUAUUAUCUAGCAACUUCUACGCCAUUACCAAUCAUUCUCAUCUCCAUAACCAUAUCCGAACAAGCUUUCAAGUUGCCUGCAGAAAUCCCACCCUCUCUUCUCCUCUUCUUCUUCAUCAUCAUCAGCGUCAUGGCAGAUUGAGCGCAUGCCAAGCAUCAUCAAACCCUAACAAUUAUGAAGCAGAAGAACAGCGAUGGCUUCGCGAAGAGCAACGAUGGCUACGAGAAGAACAGCGAUGGCUUCGCGAAGAAGCUCGCUGGAGUAUCGAACGCCAAUCUCUGCUACUCCAAAUCCAACACUUGCAGUCGGAGUUGGACAAUCUUCGCAAAAUUCGUCCCAAUUCCGCCGAUUUCGAGGUCACAACGUUAACGAAGAUGGCGGCGCUUUUGAAAGCUAAGAAUUUCAAUCCGAUUAUUGAAUUCUCUGAUACUAAGUCGAAUUCAGAGUUGGAAACGUCGGUUUUGGAAUCUCCUUCUGAUAUUGCUUCUGUGAGUUCGACGGAAAGCGAGAACAGUGUGAAGAAGGAGUCAUUGGAAAAGGAAAAUUCGAGUUCGAGUUCUGGUUCGAGCUGGAGUACGAGUUUGAGAGUAGGAUCAGAAGGAGAAGAGGUUCGCGCUUUGCAGGAAGCGUUGCUGAAUUUAGGGUUUUAUUCAGGGGAGGAGGAUAUGGAGUUUUGUAGUUUCUCUAGUGAUACUGAGAGUGCUGUUAAGACUUGGCAAGCUACAAUAGGUGUUCGCGAGGAUGGAAUUAUGACUCUCGAGCUUCUUGAUCAAUUGUUUGCUGAUGCGCCUCAGCAAACUCAGAAUCCAACUUCUUCCACAUCACCAGAGAAGACUGAUGUCCCAAAAGAUAAAGCAAAUGGAGCUGUUACCAAAGUCAAAGAAGUUCAGCAGACAGUGGUGAAGAAAGGGCCAACAAAUAUGGAUAUAUCUGAAAAUCGAGUAUUUCUUCUUGGCGAAAAUCGAUGGGAGGAGCCUUCCAGGCUAAAUAAAGGAAAUGAUAAAUUGGAAGGCAGAGUCAACCCUCAAUCUUGUACACCAAAUUGCCUCGUUUGUCGAGGAGAGGGUCGUCUAUUGUGUAUGGAGUGUGAUGGAACUGGGGAACCACAAGUUGAAGAACAGUUUUUGGAUUGGGUGGAUGGAGGAACAAAAUGCCCAUAUUGUGAAGGCCGUGGAUAUUCUGUCUGCGAUACAUGUGAAGGGAAAGGUGCUGCCUAGGUGCAGUCUGGAAUAUAUUUUUGGCUCCUUGCACUGUUUUGUCCAAGCAGUGCAGGUAUGCCUAAUCUUUGAUUAAAUUUCCGGAGUUCCGGUCUCAUUCUGUAUUGGACCAACAGUAGAACGGAUAUAUCUGUAUAAAAACUCUGUUGUAUAAGUAAAAAGUUUUUUGUUCCAGCAUAACAUCAAGUAUUCUUGUGAAAAAAUGGCCUAGAACUGUAUGUAUAGAUGAGGAGUAUCUCUGUAAUCAUUUUGCAACCAGAACCCUUAUUUUCUUACCAGUAAAACAAACUGAUACCAAAGAACAGUCUGAAAGCUGUUUUAUUUUCCCAGGACUUCAGGAGGCAGCUGAAGAGAAAGGAGAAUGUAGUGCCAAGUGCACUUUUGUUGUUCCUCGAGUCCUUGUCCUGCAUUAGAGUUAUUCUCUGUACUACUAUACUGGAUAUUAAACGUAUACUUCCAGAAAAAUUGUCGGAGAUCGGAAUUUUCAGAACCACCUUCUUCAUAGAAUGUCCUAAGGGCUUCUUCUCUACACAGUUGUGUUGCUCUAAGUUCGAUCCAGCCUGUCUCAGUUUGGCCUAUCAUAAUCGUAAUCAUAAGUCAUUUUCCUAGCCCGAUUUCAGUGAACCAAUUAUCAUAAUUGGGGAUACCAUCAUCGUUAUGAUUGGUGUUAAUGGUUGGUGUAGGGGGUAGGAGCCUAGGGGGUAAUAAGAUAGGAAAGAUAAAUGAUACAAGACUAAUUUCGGCGCAUUUCCUAUUCGAUACUUUGAAUUUUGAUGUGUAAUUUUAUAAUUUUUUCAUAAGUAUUCUAAUAUAUAUAUAUA